GCAGACCACACCUACUGCACUGCUUGACUCCUGACUGGUCAAGCACUAAACUGAUCUGUCCGUACAGAUACCCGCGAUCGACACGAUGUCCCGAGUCUUUUAGAGAGAAAACGAGCUACGGGACGAACGGCAGACCAUGGAGGGACUUUUCACAUUGCUCACAUUGAGCACUGUGAUGGCGAUUACGUCCUUCGUCGUGGGUUCAUUGCCGUUAGCAUUCAAACUUUCACCUUCGCAAUUGAGACUGAUAUCUUCCCUUGGCAUGGGAGUUUUGGUUGGGACAUCUCUUAUUGUGAUUAUACCAGAAGGAGUGGAGACUCUGUACGAUGCCAUGACUGUUGGACACAAAGGCCUCAGCAGCCGCUCUGUGCCCCUUCAAUUCCUGCAUGAACGAUCGGUUAUCCCUACUAUCACAACAUUCCCCAUUGGAAACGACGAGGCAGAACGAUGGGAGGGAUUUUCGAAAAUUUCCACUACCGAUACACCUAUUAUCCACCUUGCGCGAGAUUCGCAUACCGAGAAAGCCAAGGACACCUCAAGCGCCGAAUCGGAGCAUGACCAUAAUGGCGAGAGCUCUCCUCAUGCCUGGGUAGGCAUUGCGCUUAUAAGUGGGUUUAUUCUCAUGUACCUUAUCGACAAAAUUCCCGAAUUUGCAUCGCCAGCGAAACCUCAAAGACCGCCACAUCACAUAUCUUUGGACAACCUGGGCUCUGGGCUUCGCCGGAAUUCAUCGCCGUCCCGGGAUGGGGGCCUUUUGGCUGCCGCGCACAGCCAACGAAGCAGUCAUAGCUUUGCGACGACUACUGGUCUAGUCAUUCACGCAGCGGCUGAUGGUAUUGCUCUUGGGGCAUCUACUUCCGACACUGGACUUAGUUUCAUCAUCUUUCUAGCCAUAAUGGUUCACAAGGCCCCCGCGUCAUUUGGGCUUACAUCAGUUCUUCUCAGGCAGGGCCUUUCAAGCCGUGCUGCCAGGACGCAUUUGUUUGUUUUUAGCUUGGCUGCCCCUGUUGGCGCCUUGGCGACUUUCUUGUUUGUGCAUCUACUAGGGUCAGGAACCACUGAUGAGGCAAGUGCACGCUGGCGUACAGGGGUUUUACUAUUGUUCUCAGCUGGCACAUUCCUAUAUGUUGCUAUGCACACCAUGCAGGAAAACAGCUCAACUCCUUCUCGGGACUUGCCAGUCAACGGUUAUGAUGCGAGGGAAGUAGCGAAGCCUGAGAAGUCCACCAGGGAUCUGAUUGCUUCUGUGAUCGGCAUGAUACUACCGCUCUUUCUCCAGAUCGGGCACGCUCAUUGA